UCAUCUCAGUAUGUCAGGCUGCAUCAUUGGCCUGUGAGAAGCUGAUGAAGCCAGCAGACAAAGCUAUAGAUUUUUCUGGAAAAUGGCGCUACAUAGCUAUUUCCACAGAGGUCUGUUUGGCUACAACAUUAGUCGAUGUUUUUUUGUGGCCAAGUGCUGAAGUGGAUAUUACAGCUAAGGACACACCAAACAUCUACAACGCCAACGUCAAUUAUAAAGUGUAUGGAAUGUGCUACAAUGAGUCACUGCCACUUUACUAUGCGAACCACAACGUGUUUAAUGUCGACAGCAACAAUGCUCCAAUAGGCCAAGCAGAUGUGAUGCUGCAAACUGGUUGUCCUGACUGUCUUGUUGUAAAGGGGUCCGACUUCAUGAACACUCUUACGCUCUUCAGUAAGAGAAAGAGCGUAGAUGCUGCUGAAAUGAAGGAGUUUGAGACACAAGUUGAGUGUCUUGGCUGGUCCAAGCCCCUAGUUUUUAACACAGAUCACGAUUAUGAAAACUGCAAGUCUCUUGAUGAUGAUACGGCUGAUGUGGAAACGAUGCAAAGCUACUUUAACGAGAUGUCUAAAAGGGUGACAAACAUGAGUCACAAAUUAAUCCGGUGUAUCAUAGAAAUUAUUCUUUGCCAGAUUAUCACCUUUUUUCAGAAGUAAGUAGCCUUUGCUUGAUGAGCCUUGUUUAGAUGGUGUAAGACAUGAAUGUCAUUUUUCAUCACUGAAUUGGAAUGCAAAUAAAGACAAUGUUGCUAUUUCUCUUC